AUGGACGAAUUAGCACGGGCACCACGCCACGGGCCACAUUUCAAUGAACUGCGGCGUUUUCUGAAUCAGAUCCAGAACCACAAACAAGCAUGGACCUUCCUCAGCCCCGUCAAUAAAGACGAAGUCCCCGAUUACUACAAUGUCAUUACAUCACCAAUGGAUCUGUCGGCCAUGGAGCAGAGGCUGGGGCAGGAUUCUUAUACUGCCCCGAAAGACCUUGUCGCCAAUCUGACGCUGAUAUUCAGUAAUUGUCGACCAUACAAUGACGCAACAACGGUCUACGCCAAGUGUGCGAACAAGCUGGAGAAGUACAUGUGGAGUCUCAUCAAAGAGAUUCCGGAGUGGUUUGACCUGCUUGAGGAAUGA